ACUCUCGUGAAUCUGUCGGAAACAUUGGCCACUAAGUUUACGACUGCGAACGACGAUGAUGCAUUAGUAGAUGCCCUGACUAGCAGUGAGCUUGUUAAUGAAGUUGGACAGGCUGCACAUAGCAUCAAAGCUUUUGAUGCCGCACAUCAUGACAACCCCUCGUUCUGUUACUGGAGACAAUACAUGAAACUGGUGUCCGUCUUACUGAGGUUUCCACGCGUGCGAUCCGGGAAGGGAAGUGGGAUCUGUAUCUCUCUUCGUUCUCCGAAAUGCCACCCUAUUUUGCGACUUUCGACCACUCUAAUUACACCAGAUGGGGCGUCAUAUUUCUUGCAGACAUGAAGAUGCUUCCGCAGACUGCCCCUGAGGUCCAGCAGGCAUUUGAGAGUGGCGCAAAGGAGACAGCCAGCACCUUCAAUCAAAUUCCCGACGACCAAGCACUGGAGCAUGUAAACAAAGCUGGAAAGGUAGCUGGAGGCCUUGUUGGAAUUACAAGGACAGACUUGGCUUGAGAUCGCUGGUGUCUUACCUACAAUGAGCGCGCCAAGCUGUCAGAAGACACCAAAGAGAUGUUUAACGUCUUAG